AUGGAGCACUACAAAAAGCCCUAUGCAUAGUUUGGUCUCAAACACAUGUUCCAAAUUCUCCCACACCGACCACACCCUCCCCCACGCCCAACCCCAAACCGAACCCUGCAGCAGCCUCCGCACCGUCUAUCACAGCAGCCCCUCCUCCUCCACCUGACAAACCGUCCAACGACGGCGGCGCUAACAACAUACGUCCACCCUCUGCAAACCCAUCACCCUCAAAAACACAAAAUCCCGCAUACACAGAAGGAAUAUCAUCAUCUUCCGUUACAUCUUCUACGAUUACGUCUGCGACCCUUGCAAGUAAUACAGUCAGCGCGAAUCUCUCUACAAACCAGACGAGCUCGGAUCCUACUACUACCACUACCACCACCGUCGAUUCAGGCAAUUUUGACAAUCAGACUGCGUCAAAUCCGGCCGCCAAGGCCAUGAAAUUUUGGAUUCCUCUAAUCGGGGUAAUCGUUUUAGUCCUGAUAGUUUUCACAAUAGCUUCAUGCUUGGGCUGUCAGUUUGUUCGACGACGUAAACUCAAGAAACAACUCCAACGUGCCACAUUGGGAUCUCUGGAAAAAGGCGAAGAGCUUUUGAACCAUUGCGAGUCGACGGAUGCGCUGACGUCAACAAUGUAUUACAACGGUCAAGUCGUACCGCCGAUUGGAACGAGGAUAAUACCACCCGAGGACCAGAUCAAGCUUGACGUUAAUGAGACACAACCGGAAGAAAUCAGAUAUAAUUCGAGGAGUUUGACUUUCCCCGAGACAUGA